AUGAUCAGUUUAGUGUUACAGAUCAUCCAUUUGGGAAACAGCUAUCAAAGAGAGAAACAUAAAGGUAGUAGAGAAGAAGUCAACAAUGCUACAGUUCAGAAGCUCCAGCAGAAAACACUCAACUGGACUUUGAAUAAUUUUAGGGAGAUGAAUGGGAGCGUGGAGAGCUGGAGGUCUCAGGACUUGCUUCCCCAUUCCAGGGCUUUUCAAGAGCGUGCACUCCCGCCCCAGCGUUGCUGUAUGAACGGCGGCACUUGUGUGCUGGGUAGCUUCUGCGUGUGCUCCGCCCAUUUCACCGGCCGCUACUGCGAGCACGACCUGAGGCACAGUGAGUGCGGCACCCUGGUGCACGGAUCCUGGACCGUCUGCGGCUGCCAGCUCUGCAGGUGCGUCUUCGGGACCCUGCACUGCCUCCCUCGCCAGACAUCCGGCCGCUGUGAGGACCCCAUCCUGGCAGAGCUGCCCCCGUAUCCGUCAGCCCCGGUGGCGGCUCCCCCUGAAGAUCCUCUGAGUCCAUCUCAUACCCGCAGUGGGGCAGAGAACCGACCCCCACACUCAGCCCCCUCUCUGGACUCCUCUGGAGCCCCAAUGUUGCCUUUGCGCCAGGUGGCCUCCCCCAACGGGGAGGAACGACCUUUUAUGGUUUACUUCCCUUUCUCGACCAGUGACCUCUACAACUGGAAGAAUCAGAAUCCCUCUUUUUCUCAGAAUCUGCAGGGAUUAAUCUCUCUCUUGGAGUCUGUCUUUUUCACCCGCUAG